GCGAGUCAAAGGUGGGCAGCCAUCGUCUCCAGAUCCGCAAAUCUCCAGAGAUGAACGAUUGAUAUUUGAAUCUCUGCUCGCACCAUGGCGGAAGUUUCGAGGCUCUACGUGGAGUGCUCAAAGAUUCCGCAUCUGGCACUCUCCAUAUCUGCGAAGCGCGCAGCUGCUCGCCCAGCUUCUCCAUGUCUCAAUCAACAGCAGCUUCUGUCGCGUUCAGUCGGUCGACCUGCGCGCUCAGCACCUCUACAAGCUGUGAGAAAGGCCUAUUAUCUCUCUCAUCACCUUCCCUCACGCAGGCACGCCUCCUCCAAACCACCCAUUCCGAACCCCAAUAUCCCUCGACCUGCACAAUCCCAAUCCCAAUCGCAACACAAACCCCGACCGACGCUCCUCGAUCGCGCAACCGCCCAAGAUGCGCUCGACGCCCUCGCCGCCAAAAACCGGCGGCAGCGCAUCCACAUGUCCUCCAACACCUACUUCUGGAUCACCUCGCUUUUCGGCUUCCUGCUCUCCACCUACGUCGCCUACACGUACAUGUCCUACGCGCGCUCCGUGAAGGAGUAUGAGAAUCUCGACCUUCCGCAGAACGCCGACGUCUCUUCGCGGUGGUUGGAUUCCUCGAGAAACUUCGACGACGAGGUCGAGUUGUCGGAGAAGAUGAUGGGUUUGAGGAGCAAGAGGGAGGAGUUGUGCAGAGAGGCCCGGGGCAACGUGCUGGAGGUGAGUGCGGGGACUGGGAGAAAUAUGGAGCUGUACCGCCUGGACCCUCUUGUCACGCCCGAAGACAGGAGAGUGGAAAGCUUGGUGUUCAACGAUUUGAGCGACACCAUGCUGUCCCAAGCACAGAAGAAGUUCGAGAAGCUGCAGGAGAAGGCGAAGGACAAUAGGCGAUUUCCCGGGCCGGUGCAAUUCGUGGUUGGCGACGCAGGUGACAAAACCCUUAUCAAGAGGCCAGAAGGUGGAUUUGACACAAUAAUUCAGACCAUGGGGAUUUGUAGCCAGACCAACCCGGUCGCCUUUUUGCGGCAGCUGGGAGAUCUGUGCAGGCAGCCCGGGGAGAAGAGCUCGGGCGUCGACAUGAGGACAAUCGAAAAAGAGGCCAGACAGCGUCUUGAGGAUAUUCAGAAACGCAAGGACCAUGUUGUCUCGGGGCCAGAGGGAAAAAUGCAGCAAGAAGAAGAUGCGCUUGUUGCAGAGCACGGAGGGGAUUUAGGAGGGAAGAUCCUCCUCCUCGAACAUGGCCGGUCAGACCUUGAAUUUAUCAACCGGGUACUGGACAACGGUGCAAAAAUGCAUGCCGAUCACUAUGGAUGUUGGUGGAAUAAAGACAUUGAGCAGAUCGUCAAGGACAGCGGGCUGAUUGUAGAGCGGAAAAGGAGAUAUCACUUUGGGACGACGUGUGAGUAUGUUCUCAGGCCAAGACCAAAACCCAGAAGCGAGAAUGAGAUAGAGAAGACGGGGGAGAUGGUAGAGGCUGGGAAGACUGCUGUCGUAGACUCCAGUCAAGGUUCGCAGGUCAAGGGAUGGAUGGGCGGAUGGUUUGGCAAAGAUUGAACAAGAGCACAGGAGAAACUCUCAGCAGUUCAAAAUGUUCUGAAAACGUUAUCGUAGGCAGCAGCAACAGUUGGCAAUGCUUGCCUUCGGCUUCUGGAUGGAUUGAGCCUGGUGGUGGCAUUCCUUGUAAUCGCGAGGGACGCACGCGAGGCUGAGGAAAAAGGAGGGAACGAGAAGGGUACGUGAACACGUGCCGCUCCCGAUGUUUGCAGCAUCACGGGCCUAUGGGACUCGAUCGGAUUCCCACGGCUACCAACCUGUUGACGAUGGCAGUGCCGGCAACUGGGUUCAUUGGUCCGCUGAGUUUGGGGUGUUGAAGUCAGCAAAGUGGAAGACAGACGUCAGCCAGUGCGACUUGCACAAUCCCUUGUUAUCUGGCACAUGCUGAUAUUGCUGUAAGCGAAAGCGGGAACUUCGACUGGUGAGUUCGACCGGCUUGAUGAUACAUGGUCCCCAUUGGGCAUUUGUUCGGUUGUGUUCCCAUGUGCACGAAGUUGAACUUUCGACACUGCCGUGCUAGGGUGUGUCAGAUCAUACGAUUAUCGCUCUAUGGUUUUAGACGUGGUGUAAACACACGCGAAGGCAAUCCUUCCAUUGAACAUGCGACAGUACUCAGCAGACAAGGGCCGAGUAGGAGGGACGUAAGCGAGCGUGCUUCGCUGAGAAUGACCCGAGAUCAAACAGGGAUUGGAAAGAGCACAACACAAUGUCGCACCAGGGCGAGGAGGACUCAGAUGUCUCUGAUCGCAGAUCCGGAUCAACAUGCCGCAAGGUGAACACUGGAAGACCUCAACCCGUGUUUGGGGGUCCAAAGCUGGAAGGAAGUUGGAGAUGAUAGUCUGCAUCCCAAUCACGCACAUGCUCUCCGCAGGAUUAUU